GCGGGAUUGUGGGAUUUCCGUCUGAACUAUGAACUGUGGCCACGUCGUCGCGAGAAGGCGGAACUAGACGGAACAGGAAGCUUUCUGUUGUUUCACUGAAGGUCCAAAAACUACAAACAUGACAGACGGUUUUAAAGAGGUAUUGGAGAAGUCCAGUCUGCACCCUAAGCCUGCAGGACUGGUUUUGCAGUAUGGCACAGCCGGCUUUAGGACCAACGCCAAACAGCUGGACCACAUUAUGUUCAGGAUGGGUUUGUUGGCCACGCUGCGCUCCAGGAAGACCAAAGCUACCAUCGGGGUCAUGGUGACCGCAUCCCACAAUCCUGAGGAGGAUAAUGGUGUGAAACUCAUUGACCCGAUGGGGGAGAUGCUAACGGCAACGUGGGAGGAUUUUGCCACGCAGCUGGCCAACACCGAGCAGAAGGAGCUGCUCGCGGCUCUCAAGGACAUCAUCAACAAGGAGGCUAUAAACAUGAAGCUGGAGGCUGAAGUGUUUGUGGGGAAAGACACCAGGAGCAGCAGUGCCAGUCUUUCACAAGCAGUGUUGGAUGGAGUUCACGCGCUUGGUGGCCAAAGCAAAGACUACGGUUUGGUCACCACCCCCCAGCUCCACUACAUGGUUUGCUGUCAGAACUCGCACGGCCAGUAUGGAGAAGCCACGGUGGAAGGAUACUGCAGCAAACUCAGCCAAGCUUUUCUCGCACUCUCUAAAAAUGCGUCCAACCGCACAGACGACCAGAAGCAUCUCUUUGUCGACGGAGCUAACGGCAUUGGGGCUCCAAAGCUGCGUGAGGUGGAGAGUCACUUGAAAAAGCAGUUGCAGAUUUCCAUCUUCAACGACGGCAGCCGAGGGAAGUUAAAUCACCAGUGUGGAGCCGACUUUGUCAAAGUGCAGCAAAAACCUCCAACAGGCGUUGAGAUCAGCCCUGGAGAUCGUUGCUGUUCCUUCGACGGCGACGCUGACAGGAUAGUUUAUUACUACACCGACUCUCGGGGAUUCUUCCACCUGCUGGACGGAGACAAAAUAGCUACUCUCAUCAGUACUUUUCUUAAAGAGCUGCUUGUCCAGGCUGGACUAGACCUGAAUAUCGCUGUGGUGCAAACAGCUUACGCAAACGGUAGCUCGACGCGCUACCUGGAGGACACGAUGAAGGUAAUCGUGAGGUGCACAAAGACGGGGGUGAAGCAUCUUCAUCACGCUGCUCAGGAGUUUGAUAUUGGUGUGUACUUCGAGGCAAACGGCCACGGGACUGUGCUGUUCAGUAAAACGGCUGAGGAAAAAGUCCAGCUUCUAGCCAAGAGCACCAACAUUAAUGAUGAGAGGAAGAGAGCGGCUCUCCUGCUGCAGAACACCGUGAACGUCAUCAACCAGACUGUAGGUGAUGCGAUAUCCGACAUGCUGCUGAUUGAAGCCAUUUUAGCCAUUAAAGGGAUGACCGUUCAGCAGUGGGACGCCAUCUACAGCGACCUGCCCAACAGGCAGCUUAAAGUCACGGUGUCUGAUCGCAGAGUGAUCGAGACGACAGACGCAGAGAGGCGGGCGGUGAGCCCUGCAGGUCUGCAGGAGGCCAUCGACGGUUUGGUGAAGAAAUACAAACAGGCUCGCUCCUUCGUGAGACCCUCCGGGACCGAGGAUGUGGUCCGAGUUUAUGCAGAGGCCGACUCUCAGGAGAGCGCUGACGCUUUGGCUCACGAAGUCAGCCUGGCUGUGCAUCGCCUCGCUGGAGGAGUAGGAGCUGAACCCAAACCGUUGCACUAGAAGAACAAACACCGUUCAGUCAAAGUUCUCCUCUCGAAACUUUGAACGCAACUCCAGUGGAUCGCGUGGUACUUUAAAGCCUUUUUUUUGUUUGUUUUUGCAGAGAGGUGCAAAUACUUUCUGUUGUUUAUAUUGAUCUGAUUGUCUUUGUGCAGCUGUGAUUUUCUGGUUUAAAACACGGGGGAGUAAAGAUGAAGUAAAUAUGUGCCAUCUAACUUAACAUGAUUAACCCAGAGAGGUCUGAACAGUUUUCUAAUCUUUCUCCUUGGGGAGUUUUUUCUGAAAUAAACCUUUUUGAACCAA